CAUAGAAGAUGUAUUGUAUUCCCGAAAAACAAUAGGCUCACCCAACAUCCUUGUUUUCACAUAACCCUAAAGUUAAGCACUUGCAUCUUCUAUAUCAUAAACGUAAAAUUACAUAACAGUAUGUUCAACAAACAGCAGUUAAAAUCCAAUAAGCAAAGCCUCCCAUUUCAUUUCAUUUCAUUCGUUAAAUCUUCUUCUCUCCUACUAGUGUUCUGUUCGCUGGAAAAAUUUCGCCAUAGAGCCAUUUCUGCCUGCGAAUCCUAAUGGUAGAGGCAGUUUUAUGUUUGAAUUUGCAGGCCUUUUGAGGUGAGAAGGCUCAAAAUUUGGCUCUGCAAGUGGUUUUUACUGCACCCAAAACCACCGUGGCUUCUAGCGGCUAUCGACAUUUUUGGAGGGCCUGCUCUGAGAUUUUGCUUGUUUACGACAUUUGGGUUUUCUUUUUGUGGAAUUCUGCUUAUGUUUUUUCUGUGAAGGAUUGGUAAAAUCGCAGAGGAUUUGGUGGGUUGUUGGAUGAUUGGAUCAUUUCAGCUUUGGCCAUGAGAUAUCAAACAGCUAGUCCGGCUUGUAUGCCGGCGAGUAAUGGAAAGAAGCCCAAAAUGAUUUGCAAGAAGGAAGAGACUCACGAAAACGGAAGGAUUUUGAAUGGCGGUGAUUUUUUGGAAGGGAAAUCAGUAAGACUCAAGGGAGGCUCAUCUGCAGGACACAACGGGAAUACCCACAAAGAGCUAGAAUGUUUAAAUUCCCCUUCAGACCAAGUAAGCGAAGACGGGAAGUCUAGCCAAGAAAUUCAGGUUUCAAAGAAGCGGGUCUUUGAAGGAACAGGGGAUCUGCUCUUACAAUGGGGUCAAAACAAGAGGUCCCGUGGUUAUAGAGCUGAUUACAACAGAAACGUCGUCGACGAAACGUCUGUGAAGGAAAGGAAGAUGAUUCGCAUUGAUAGGCGAAGUGGUAGAAAUGAAAAGCCCUCUGCAUCUGCCCAAAACCCAUCGGCAGUUCAUUCACGAAGCACACCGUUGCGGCCCUGUACUCCUGUCCACGACCCUUCUACUUCUGCUUUUAUUCACAGAAAUUCAGAAGACCCAUCUCCGUCGGGAAACUGUGUAAAUCUGGGAAUCAAUGGAUUUUCAAGUGACAGUCGUGUCUUCAACCGGAGGGCUGAUAUGCAUGCCCCAAAAUCUCCAGACAAAAUAGAAAAAGUUGUUCCUGGAUCUCUACAAAUGAACUGUGGACUUGCUGUUGGCAUGGCUGGCGAGUCUACACCGUCUGAAACAGAGGCCUUUGCUCAUACAGAGAAGGUGAACCUGGAGAUGUUUGAAUGGCCUAGGAUUUAUAUCUCACUCUCACGGAAAGAGAAAGAAGAUGAUUUUUUUGCUAUGAAGGGAAGCAAACUUCCACAGAGACCUAAAAAGAGGGCAAAGAAUGUUGAGAAGCUAUUACAGUAUUGCUUUCCAGGAAAUUGGUUGUCUGAUUUAACCAAAGCACGCUAUGAAGUCCGAGAAAAGAAAUGUGUAAAGAAGAAACCAAGGGGGCUAAAGGCCAUGGAAAGUUUAGAUAGUGAUUCAGAUUGAAGACUCUGUCCAUAAAGACCAAUGGUUGCUGCUUUGGAUGAGUUGUUGAAUGUCCAGAUGAUGUACAAUUGCAGAUGAUGGUGUUAAGAGCUACAUUGAUUCAGAUGAGGUGACACUUUGGAUGAAUUGUUCGAUGACUCAGCCAUCUUGGCAUGAUUUUUAUACAGCGACCAUCAGAGCCUUUUAGUCACACCCCAUCAAACUGCAGGCAGAUUGAUUGUGUAAUGCUUGGAAAAGAAUGUUGCUGUCUGCUCCCCAUUAGUCAGUAUCAACUAGGAUGAAAAGAGUUCUGGUUCUCCUUUUACUCAAUAUUCAGGGUUGGGUCUAAAUUCAUGGACUCACUCUUGUAUAGAUCUCAAUUUGGCCAAUUAGAAAGAAACAGAAACAGUGUUAGCCAUGCAGGCAUUAGCCUUUCUACCCCAGUUUUAAAGGCGGGUCUGUAGAAUCAAGCAUUCCUUUCAGGGAUUUGAAAAGGCUUCUUGUAUUUACUUCUCAAACUGUAGAGCUUCUGAAUAAAAUUCUUUGAUUUAAAGCAAAUUGUACUUUUUGGGGCA